GGGAGAAAGAGAGAGCGCAGGCAGCCGAGAGAGUCUCCCAGGGCCCCAGAGCUACACAUUCGGGGAUUCGGGUGCUAUCCGGAAAGCCCUGAUCAGUGCCUGCAUCCAGAAGAAGACAUCUAGAUAGAGGAGAAGUCCCUCCGUGCCCCUGAUCUUCGAUCGUGCGCUGAGGCAGGCACACUUGGGUGGUGGAUCCAGAGGAGGGAAUCCGGGCAGCUUUAAGGAACAUCUUUCUUCGCUGUGCAUGUGUCUUUUUCCUUGCAUUUCCCGGGGAUCGUGUGUGCGCAGCGGCCGCAGUUCUGCUGUUCGUGGCAUUUACGCUGCGCUCCGGUCCUUCCCCGCACUUGGAUCGAUGCAGAGUAGUGUGAAGAUCCAGGUCACAGGGCGACCCUUGGAGUGAUCCUCUGAAGGGGGCAGUCGCCUGUCGCCCCCACCCCGGCUCUCCCACAUAAACAAACAGUUUCUGAAUGUGCGAAGCUGCAGAGACCUCCGGAUCGCGAAAUGUGGGGAUGGAAGGCGCAAAGUUUGACUCGCCGCCCUCCAGCUCCUCGCCUGGAGCAGCAUGAAGAAGAGCCCUACGCGAAGUGCUGUGCCAGCCAAGGAAGAAGAAGCUACCGCCUGCGCCCCUUCUCUCCCCCGACCACGAUCCUCGCCUCCCUGCACCAGCUAAGCCUCGGGGGUAACACGGUGUGCAAUCCCCGGGCUGCCCCCCAUCACUGCCCAAACCGGCCACAUCAUGGCCUCGGCUGCCUCCGCUACUGAGCCGCGGGGCAGCGGGGAGCCGGCUGCCCGGCCGAGGGCGAUCAGAAGAAGGGGUAGAAGCCAGGGAGACCCGCACUGCAGAGUCGUAGUACCGCCUGACCUGGACUACCUUCAGCGGCCGAGCUACUGCGAUGCGGAUUUCGCUCUGCAGCAGAUCUCGGAGGGGAAGGCUACGGGCAGAAAAGCUCCAUUGUGGCUCAGAGCUAUGUUUCAAAGACUAUUAUUUAAACUUGGUUGUUACAUACAAAAAAACUGCGGAAAGUUUUUGGUGGUGGGCCUCUUGAUAUUUGGUGCUUUCGCUGUGGGAUUAAGAGCUGCGAAUCUAGAGACCAAUGUUGAAGAGCUUUGGGUAGAAGUUGGGGGACGAGUAAGCCGAGAAUUAAAUUACACACGUCAGAAGAUAGGAGAGGAAGCUAUGUUUAAUCCGCAACUUAUGAUCCAGACUCCUCUAGAACAUGGUGCCAAUGUUCUUACAGCUGAAGCUCUGAAGCAACAUCUCCACUCAGCACUUGAAGCCACCAAGGUGCAAGUCCACAUGUACAACAAACAUUGGAAGCUGGAAAAAUUAUGCUUUAAAUCAGGAGAACUUAUUACUGAAGCCGGUUACAUGAGCCAGAUUAUAGAAUCUUUAUAUCCGUGUUUGAUCAUCACACCUUUGGAUUGCUUUUGGGAAGGUGCAAAACUCCAGUCUGGAAUGGCCUAUCUUCCAGGUAAACCACCUUUGCAAUGGACAAAUUUUGACCCCAUGGACUUGCUGGAGGAGCUAAAGAGAGGAAAGUUUCAAGUAGACAGUUGGGAGGAGAUGUUAAACAAGGCAGAGGUGGGUCACGGUUACUUGGAUCGCCCCUGCCUGAACCCAUUAGAUUCGGACUGUCCAACCUCCGCACCCAAUAAGAAUUCAACCAAACCUCUAGAUAUUGCCCUUGUCUUAAGCGGUGGAUGCUACGGCCUUUCAAAAAAGUAUAUGCAUUGGCAGGAAGAGCUCAUCAUUGGUGGAACGGUUAAGAAUACGAGUGGAAAACUUGUCAGUGCCCAAGCAUUGCAAACCAUGUUUCAACUAAUGACUCCUAAACAAAUGUAUGAGCACUUCAAGGGAUAUGAUGAGGUUUCCCACAUAAAUUGGAACGAAGACAAAGCCGCAGCCAUCUUGGAAGCCUGGCAGAGGACUUAUGUUCAGGUCGUACAUAAAAGCAUCCCACAAAACUCCACCCAGAACGUUCUUCCCUUUACCACGACAACACUGGACGACAUUUUGAAAUCUUUCUCUGAUGUGAGCGUUAUCCGAGUCGCAAGUGGCUAUCUACUUAUGCUUGCCUAUGCCUGCUUAACCAUGCUCAGGUGGGACUGUGCCAAGUCCCAGGGUGCCGUGGGGCUGGCUGGAGUCUUGUUGGUUGCACUUUCAGUAGCUGCAGGAUUGGGCCUGUGUUCAUUGAUUGGAAUUUCGUUCAACGCUGCAACAACUCAGGUUCUGCCUUUCCUUGCUCUCGGGGUUGGUGUUGACGAUGUCUUUCUAUUGGCACAUGCGUUUAGUGAGACUGGCCAAAAUAAAAGGAUUCCAUUUGAGGACAGGACCGGUGAAUGUUUGAAACGAACAGGAGCGAGUGUGGCCCUGACCUCCAUCAGCAACGUGACAGCGUUCUUCAUGGCUGCUCUAAUACCAAUCCCAGCACUUCGGGCAUUCUCUUUACAAGCUGCUGUCGUUGUGGUGUUUAACUUUGCAAUGGUGCUCUUGAUAUUCCCUGCAAUUCUCAGCAUGGACCUCUACCGAAGGAGAGACCGCAGGCUUGAUAUCUUUUGCUGUUUCAGCAGCCCCUGUGUCAGCAGAGUGAUUCAGAUUGAACCCCAAGCGUAUGCUGAUAAUACUGAAAGCACACACUACAGCCCCCCUCCACCGUACAGCAGCCACAGCUUUGCCCAUGAAACCCAAAUCACCAUGCAGUCAACCGUACAGCUUCGGACAGAGUACGACCCACGGACACAGUCGUAUUACACCACAGCAGAGCCGCGUUCUGAAAUUUCCGUACAGCCGGCCAUUCCUGCCCCCCACGAAGCGAACCCGCCAGUCCCUGAAAGUACCAGCUCCACCCGGGACCUGCUUUCUCAGUUCUCGGAAGCCGGAUUGCACUGUAUUGAACCGCCUUGUACGAAAUGGACGCUUUCUACAUUUGCAGAGAAGCAUUACGCCCCUUUCCUGUUAAAACCAAAAACCAAGGUUGCUGUAAUAUUUUUUUUCGUGGCUUUGCUUGGCCUCAGCCUUUACGGCACCACUCGCGUGCGAGAUGGCCUGGAUCUGACGGACAUCGUACCCCGAGAGACCAGAGAAUACGACUUUAUCGCGGCACAGUUCAAAUACUUCUCAUUUUAUAACAUGUACGUGGUGACGCAGAAAGCAGACUACCCCCGUGCGCAGCGACUGCUUUAUGAGCUUCACAGCAGUUUUGCCAAUGUAAAGUACGUCUUGAUGGAGGGUGACAAACAGCUUCCCAAAAUGUGGUUGCAUUACUUUCGGGACUGGCUGCAAGGACUGCAAGAUACUUUUGAUCGUGAAUGGAAUGCUGGGAUAAUUACCUAUAACAAUUACCGGAACGGGUCAGAUGAUGCAGUCCUUGCAUAUAAGCUUUUAAUUCAGACUGGCAAUUCAGAUAAACCCAUUGACAUCAGUCAGUUAACUAAACAGCGCUUGGUUGACGCAGAUGGGAUCAUUCACCCUAAUGCUUUCUACAUCUAUUUAACGGCCUGGGUGAGUAAUGAUCCUGUAGCGUACGCGGCUUCCCAGGCCAAUAUCCGCCCUCAUCCCCCUGAAUGGGUCCACGACAGAGCAGACUACAUGCCGGAUACCAGGACAAUUCGUGCAGCUGAGCCCAUCGAGUACGCCCAGUUUCCUUUCUACCUCAAUGGUCUGCGUGAAACGUCAGAUUUUGUGGAAGCCAUCGAAAAAGUUCGAGCCAUUUGCAACAACUACACCAGCCUUGGGCUGUCAAGCUAUCCAAACGGCUACCCGUUCCUGUUUUGGGAGCAGUACAUCGGGCUCCGUCAUUGGUUGCUGCUGUCCAUUAGCGUGGUUUUGGCCUGCACGUUUCUGGUGUGUGCCCUUUUUCUCCUGAACCCCUGGACUGCUGGAAUCAUUGUUAUGGUGUUAGCCCUCAUGACAGUAGAGCUUUUUGGAAUGAUGGGUCUCAUCGGAAUUAAGCUAAGCGCAGUCCCAGUAGUAAUCCUGAUCGCCUCUGUCGGCAUUGGCGUGGAAUUCACUGUCCACGUAGCUCUGGCAUUUCUUACUGCUAUUGGUGACAAGAAUCGAAGAGCCGUCCUUGCAUUGGAACACAUGUUUGCUCCGGUGUUAGAUGGGGCUGUUUCUACUCUCCUGGGCGUUCUCAUGUUGGCUGGAUCUGAGUUUGAUUUCAUUGUCAGGUACUUCUUUGCAGUCCUGGCGAUAUUAACUCUCCUUGGGGUCCUAAAUGGAUUAGUUCUGCUUCCUGUUCUACUGUCUUUCUUUGGACCUUGCCCUGAGGUAUCUCCAACCAACGGAAGAGACAGGUUGUCUAUGCCAGAUCCUCCGCCAAAUAUUGUGAGGUUCCCGGUGUUCCAGAGGCAACCACAGAAUGGGUACGAUUCUUCUGACUCUGAAUACAGCUCCCAGACCACAGUAUCUGGAAUCAGCGAGGAGCUGCAUCAGUAUGAGGCACAUCAAGGUUCUGCUCUUCCACCCCACCAAGUUAUUGUGGAGGCAACAGCAAAUCCAGUGUUCCCUAGAUCCACCGUUGUCCAACCAGACAGCAGGAAUCUUCAGUCAAAUCCAAGGACGCACGCAGAAUCUAGACCCCAACAACAGUGGCCCCCAAGCCGGAAUCAGAGGUGGGAUUCACGGGAAGCAUCGCGGCCACCUCCUUACAGACCUCGAAGGAAUGCUUUUGAAUCUUCUACUGAAGAACAUGCUGGUUCUAAUACCAGGGACCGCUCAGGGCACAGAUCUCAUGCACAAAACAUUAGAAAAACUGCAUUUGCUCCAAGUGGUACUUCAGUGCCAGCAUACUGCCAGCCUAUUACUACUGUGACUGCCUCUGCUUCAGUUACUGUUGCUGUUCACCCUUCUGUGUGUAGCCACAAUGCUCAUGGUAGCCACCCGUUCUACAGUGGCUACAAUGAAUAUGACCAGGGACCUUUUGAGGACCCCCAUGUGCCUUUUAAUAUGCGCUAUGAGAGAAGGGACUCUAAAGUAGAAGUGAUAGAGCUGCAAGAUGUUGAAUGCGAAGAAAGAACACAAGGAAAUGGCUCACAAUAAGAGAAUGCACCUGAAUCAUUGAUGGCCAAAGAUGGGACAGGACUUCCAGAAUGGUUCAUGAUUGCUGCUGAAGGUUUUCUAAGAAAGGAUAUGCUGCAUCAGGAGAAACAGUUCACUGUUACUGUAACAUUUUGUAAAAAUGUGUUAAAUAUUGCUAUAAAUAUUUAAAAGGUGUAUACAUAUGUAAUAUACAAACAGUGUAAAGUUAGUAUAAUGUUGGAGAUUUUUUUUUUACUCCGUUUAACAGAUGGGGUAGACAUGUUUGCCCUCUUUACACAAUGUACAGGAUUUUUGCCACAGUUUAAGAUUAAUCUAGAUAUUAAAUCCAGUGUAUUUUUUUUCUGCUGCUUAAAUAUUGUAUAAUUUACUUGUAUAAUUCUAUGCAAAUAUUGCUUAUAUGAUAGGUGUUAUUUUAUACAUGUAAAGGUACAUGUUUGAAUGAUUUUUUUAUGUUCAUAUCACAACCCUGUGGUAGUAUGUUACUGAAAUUUUCACACACGCUAUGCGUGAUUUUAUAAAUAGUUUUUCUUCCAAA